AUUUAGGAUAUCUUGCCAUAAUAAGCUACUGUGAGUCUUUAACUGUUGACUUGUGGCCAUGUGGUGGUCAACACUGUAUGGUGUGUAGCACAGCGAAGGAUUUGAAUGGUGCCCGAAUAGCUAAUUGAGUGAUUGACCUAUGACCUAUACGACAAACGUAUGAUGAGUGAUAAUCAAACCAGAUGUCAGAUUGUCGUUGAAGCUUGGGAUUCGGUUAGAUUCACACACGUAUCACACAGACCAGCUGCCAUUCUGGUCUCUUGAAUAUAGCGCCCAAACACACAAACAUAUACAGACCAGACCGUAGGGUCCAACAUAUGACCGUUUAGUUGAGAUGUCACACGCUAACAACAUAAAAGCAUCUGGUAGCAUCUGGUUUGGCCGUUUGGUCCCGUUCUGUCCUAGCCAUACCAUAUGUUUUCCCACCAAUCAAUGUAACCGGGAAACCGUUGAGUUGUCGGUCGAUACCACCGACACCACCACCACCACCAGUAGCAGCUGUGUAAUUGUGUGCGUGGGAUACAUGGACCAGAUCAGAUCCCAGGAUCGAAUGAUAUAAUGUUGGUUACUGUUUGACGCACACCUGUUUGUCCAGCAGCGAUGACCGUUUCCAUAUUCGUACGACUAGAUGUCACUGGCGACAGAUGCUUUUCAUUGUUAUCAAAUCCUCCCCCAGUUCCCAUGAGAUUUUUCGUUCGAUAGCGGGUUCCAGAUUGCAGGCCACAUUAGUUAAAACCUGGCUAACUGCUGCUAUAUGCUGUGGAUGUUAUGUAUACAUUGAUACAAAGCAAGCAAUCUGUUUGCUGUGUUCGUUAUAUAUGCUUCUUCUUCAACUUCUUCUACAUUCGUUUGGAAAAACAGACAGAUGGAUUGAUGAUGGAGGCUCGAGUAUAAAAACGGGAUGAAUACAUUGAAUGGCCAUUCAUUAUUACAUUGGAUGUUCAUGUUGAGAUACACUAACAUUCCGAGUUAUAUCAUCGACUGCUUUUGACUAAACUGACCACCACUAAGGAGCCAUUAAACAGACUAGUUGCAAUCGGUCAACUCGUUCUCUUAUUAAAGUUAAAUUGUGUGCUUCGGCUAAAUCACAUAAUUUUUAUCGGAUAAAAAAAAUCCAAUGAAUAAACAAUCAUUAUCAUCUAAUUCAUUACAAUUUGAAACAAAGUCGCUGAAAUCACCAAACGAAAAAAUGGUCAUACAUAAUCGACAUUCACCCAUCAACGGUAGUCGGAUUAAAAUGCUCACCGCAAAUCAACUACGUCAACGACAACUUGAUCGUCAGGAGAUGCAAUCACUAUUGGCCAAAUUAAAGCAAUUAGUACCUGGAAUCCCUAAACAUCGACGUUGCUCUAAAUUGGAAAUCAUUCAGCAUGUCAUUGAUUACAUUUUUGAUCUACAAACUGCACUGGAACAACAUCCGAUUGCUUCAUCAUUGGCCGCAACGGCAUUUGCUACCGCAGAUUUUGUUGCCGUUACAACCAAUUCAAAUAUCCAAAGCCAUUCAACCAACUCUAUUUCCGAUCAAUCGACACCUCAAUUGGCAACCACGAAUGUAUCCUGUGAUCGUUACCUCAGCAUGACAACAACCGUAUCGCUGAAUUCGAAUAGCCAUGAAAUGGCCAAUAUAUCUCUACAACCAUCACAUCAUCAAUCAUAUCAACAAUCACAAUUACCGCAAAGGAUACCAGGUUCCAAUAGGCAACCUUUAGCAUCGAUCGUUCUAUAAAUCUUUCUAUAAUGUAUAAUAUUCGUUGUCGUUAUUGGACACAUAUACCUCCUUCCUUUUUGUCCAUAUCCCUGUUUUACUAGUUGUUGUAUCACAUUCAGUCAUGACCAAGUUGUCAAGUGCAACCACACACACUUAAGAUAUAAUGAUCAUAUCUAUUACUUAUGCUGUAAUCGAUGACGAAAAAGUAUAGAUUAGGUGGCCACAUAAAUACAUGAAUAUAUAGCUCUAUUUAUUACGAUUAUAUCAUACUUGAUGAUUGAUGGAUCACUCACUCAGUAUUUGUCUAUGUUUUAAUACUAAUCAUGUCAUUAAAGGCCAAUUUGGCCCACUGUUCGUUCAUUCA